AUUUUUUAUGUGUGUUUUUCAAAUUUCCCUCCACCUCUCCCUUAUAAGAAUCCUCAUAAUUGCAUUUAAAAUCCAGCUAGAUAAGCAAGAAUAAUCUCUCCAUCUCAAAUUUCUUCAUUUAAUCACAUCUGCAAAAUCCUUGAAACAUUUACAGUUUCCGGAGAUUAGAAUUUCUGCAACUUUUGGGAUUCUACUGUCUAAGCUAACACACCACCCUGGAAAUGAGAGUGUCUUACUCUGGCACAGAGAAUGUACUCAUAAAUGAGUAGAAAAAUCAUGCCUUGCUAAACAGAGCUCCCAUGUUUCCUCGACUUUGUAGACCAACCUUUUUCCUGGCACACCACCUUGUACUACAGUUCAGCAAUUUCUUUAAGUGAUGGCUUCCUCUUAGUCCAAUUUAUUUCUCAAUCUAUAGCUUGCUUUCAUAUGUUUAAUACUUCAUUCAUUCAACAAGUAUAGCAUACAGGUGCUGUGAGACAUAGGAGUUUGUAGGUGUUCCUGAGGGACGUGGGGUAAGAGUAUGGCAGGGGCAAGACAAGAAUAAUAAUAUCAAGGCUAGAUCUGAAAUUAUUCAUAAGCAUUUAUCACAUAGCUACUGUAGAUAAUGCUACUAGUUAUUGAGUAUAAUCCUCAAAUCUAAGACUCUUUCUCUUGAAAUCAGAAAUGAAACAGCAAAUUGAAGGAAAAUGUAAUGACAACAAUCAAUAGGUGGAACACUGAGUAUCUGCCCAGGUUAUAAUCUGUGAGGGGUUGUUAGUGGUUUAGUCCACCUAUCCAUCUCUCUCUGUGUGCUAUUUUUUCAUGCACUCAACCGGACAGAGACCAUGAGAAAUCUGAGUGGAGGCCACAUAGCAGAGUUUGUCUUGGUGGGUUUCCCUACCUCUCCACCCAUGCAGCAUCUCCUCUUUGUCUUCUUUUUUGCAAUUUACGUGUUAACACUGUUAGAGAAUACACUUAUUGUCUCUACUAUCUGGUUCACUCCAAGCCUUCAUCGCCCCAUGUACUUUUUCCUUGGCCAUCUCUCCUUCUUGGAACUUUGGUACAUCAAUGUCACCAUUCCUCGGCUCUUGGGAGCAUUUCUUACCCAUGAUGGUCGAGUCUCCUACAUAGGUUGCAUGAGCCAACUCUACUUCUUCAUUGCCUUAGCCUGCACCGAAUGUGUCCUUUUGGCAGUUAUGGCUUACGACCGUUACCUGGCCAUCUGUGAACCUCUCCGUUACCCUAGUCUCAUGCCUUCCAUCUUGGCCACUCGCCUUGCCACUGCCUCUUGGGGCAGUGGCUUCUUCAGCUCCAUGAUGAAACUUCUGUUCAUUUCCCGACUGUCCUACUGUGGACCUAACAUAAUCAACCACUUUUUCUGUGAUAUCUCUCCACUACUCAACCUCACCUGUUCUGACAAGGAGCAAGCAGAACUGGUAGACUUCCUCCUAGCUCUGCUGAUGAUUCUGCUCCCUUUGUUGGCUGUGGUUUCAUCUUAUGCUGCAAUCAUUGCAAGCAUCCUGAGGAUCCCUACUGCACAGGGACGCCACAAAGCCUUCUCCACUUGUGCUUCUCACCUGGCUGUGGUUGUUAUUUACUACUCCUCCACUCUCUUCACCUAUGCACGACCCCGAGCUAUGUAUACCUUCAACCACAACAAGAUCAUCUCCGUGCUCUAUACCGUCAUUGUACCAUUCCUCAAUCCAGCUAUUUACUGCCUGAGAAAUAAGGAGGUGAAAGAUGCCUUCAGGAAGACAGUUCUGGGAAGAUGCCACUAAUCUAGACAUGCCCCAAACUGAUAUAUGACACAUCCUGACAGGGAAGCAAACAGGAGUUUCAUAGGGCCUUCUCAAGGAAUCAGAGAAUGGACUUACAGGGAACAUGAAUAUCUAUCAAUCUAUUAU